AUGCCGAGCUCGUCAGUGAGGCCACGCAGACCAAAUGCUCCCGGCGUGCCUUCUCCAUCUCGCAGCCCAGUCGACGGAGCGCGGCAAGCAAACGCAUCGAUAUGGCCCAUACAGCUCCGCGAUAGGGGCGUCGGCCCUUCUCUCUCUACAGCACGCCCUGACGUCGCGCGCCGAAGACUCACACACGUGCCUCUCAGCCACCUCGAUUUCGAAGACGUUUCCUUCUAUCUCAACUUUGCCCUCCUUGUCGAUCAGCACCAGCUCACACACGUGAAGCUCGAAGACGCUUUUGACCUUGAUAGCAAUGGUACAGGUGCUAAACGCAAACGGUCACCCUCCGAAGUAGAUCUUUCCGGCGUCUCGUCCAAUGCCAAGAAGAAGGGCAAGGCUGUCGUAGAGCGCCAUCUUGCACGCGAUCGGGCAAGCCUAAUUGAAACCAGCUGCUACUUUCACACCAAGGCACGCGAGGCUCAAGACAUCGAUCGAAUUCUCAGCCUCAAGCAAGCCUUGCAGGGUACUUCAACAUUCGAUCGACCAGCGAUUGGCGAGCUCGACUUUUCUGUCUUGUCCUGCACCUCAAUUCGACCGGAUGAUAGCAUAAUCAGCCAUGUCAUCUCCCUUCGCCAUCGUCCGACGGGCCAACUCGUAGCCGAAUUGCCUGUGUUGACCACAGUCCCUCCUUUAGAGCCCGAUUCUGACCUCGGCAAUGUUACGAAUGGCGAAUGGCUUGCUUCGUUGUCGAAUGUCCUGACAAGGAAUGCAUCCAAAGUUAACGAAUCGCUCACCGCCAGCUUUACGCUUGAGGUGACCUCACCUCCUUCAGGUUUCCCCCCCGAUCGCACGACCGCCGGAUCGCUCUUCCUCAAGCUAUCUAUUCAAGUCGGAGCUCCCAUCUCAACGGAUCCUGUCGGACCUCUGGCGCGCGACAGCAUCCUUGACAUGGCCAAGAUUGUCCACUUUGCCGACCAGUGGCCCGAUCGUAUUGACACAUCACAAAGCGUUGACGCUAGCUUUGUCUACCAGAACCUACGACCAGCCUCCAUCGAAGCCCUUGACUGCAUUCAGCAUGCGGACCUUGUGCCCACGCUGUUACCUUUUCAGAAGCGCUCUACCGCGUUUGUCCUCGGCCGCGAAGGUCUGGUGCUCAACUCUGGUGGGCGACUUGUCAAGAGCGACAAGAUCAUCGGACAUGAUGGCCAGGCUGAUCUCGGUCUGUGGUGGAAACAGAUCGCACCUGGCCUUUUUUACAACUGGAUCGAAGCACGCUUCGUCCGGGACCACAAUCUCACACUUCACAGCGAUUUCAAGGGUGCAAUGCUUGCAGAGGAGAUGGGUCUCGGCAAAACAGUCGAAGCCGUCGCCCUCAUGCUGCUUAACCCCGACAGCAACGCCUCUUCGCGGGUUGGAUGGUACGACGAGCGCAAUCAGAUCAACGUCGUGCCUACAAAGACCACCCUCAUCGUGGCACCCGAGUCACUGCGUGCACAAUGGAUCGAGGAGAUCGCCCAACAUGCGCCAGGCCUGGCGGUAUAUUCGUACCUGGGAAGGACCAAAGCCGAAGACGAAGUGCCGGAAGGACUCACCUGGGAAUCCUGGGCCCAACGUUUUGAUGUUAUGGUCAUCUCGUACAGUCUGCUCUCCAAGGAGCUCGGCACUGCAAAAGCUGUGCCAGAGCGAUCCCGUCGUCACCAACGCAAGUACGAACGUCCGCGCAGUCCCCUCGUCAAAUUGCAUUUCCACCGUGUGCUUAUGGAUGAAGUACAGAUGAUCGGUUCAGGCAACGCUGCUGAGACCGUCUCGAUGAUUUCCCGCGGCUCUUCGAUCGCUAUUUCAGGCACUCCUGUGAAGAAGAUUGAGGAUCUCAAGUCCUGCUUCCGCUUCCUCAGGGUUCCAGGCUACCUAGCCACCCCUCAGCAAUGGCAGGCCCUGUUACAUCCCUGUCUUGCUCCAGCCCUCGUUCGCGUGCUUCGCACCAUCGGCACAAGACACACUAAGACGCAAGUCGCCUCCGAAAUGUCAUUGCCAUUGCAGACUCGCGCGGUGAUCCCGAUUGACUUCACCUCCAUCGAGGCCGCCUUCUACGCUGAUGUGUGGAAGGACGGGUUGACUGAUAUUGCUUACACGCAGGACGGCGAUCCGCAGAUUCUCGCGCAGCAGCCCGAUGUUGGCAAGAUGCGCCAACAUCUCUUGCUUCUGCGCCAAGCCUGCACACACCCUCAGGUAGCUGUGCAGUUCCGCCCUGGAGUGGUAGGAUCGAGAAACCUGCGCAGCAUCGAUGAGGUGCUCGAGCUCAUGAUCGACUCGACUCGCACCGAGUUGCACAGCAGUCGCACGUUCUGGUUCGAUCGCCGCAUUCACCGUAACAUUCUCGCUCUGUAUCGUCGUAGGGAGGAUCAACGUGUCGUUGCAGCCUUGCAGCUUCAGGACGUUGAAGACGAGAUCAACAAGGAUGUGCGGAUUCUCGAGCAAGAAAUCGACGAAGCCAGCACAGUCGGACCACUGUAUCGCUUCACCCAGCAAGAAUUGGAGCUAGAGCAGAAGGCUGAAGUGCGUAGACGACGACUCGAUGCCGACAACACAGAUGAAGAUCGCGAUGGUGCUCUGGAGGCCCUUGUCGGAGAUCGCCAGGCCUACCUGGUCCUGGUGGAGAAGCGCAAGGCGAGAGCCACUCACAUCAUACAGCUCCGAUCACUGCUUCGGAACCUGCUCAUGAAGCUGCAUCGUCUGCUGCAAUUCGUAGGGAAUCUAUACUUCCAACGUGGAGAAUACCUCGACGAGCAGGAAAAGGAAGCUGACCAACGACUUGAACGCGACGCGGCAGCGGUGAGCAGCACGAGCAGCAUCGAAACGGCCACAAUCAAGCUCGAAGCCGAUGAUGGUGCUCACAGGAUCCCUUUGGCCGCAAAUAACACGGACAACCGAGAACAGGACGCCAAACCAGAGACUGUAGAGGUUCCAAGCGACAAUGGCGGUUCGGAUACCAAUGAAUUGGCUUUGCCCACACCGAUUCCUACCGCGCAACCUCCUCUGAGCGCCAAACGUCAAACCCUGAAGGAUAAGGAGGACCAAGCCUACGCCAAAGCCGAAAAGGUCCGUCACCGCCUUCUCACGGAAGCCCGCGAAGUCGUCGAGACCGCGAUCGCCAAGCUAAAACGCGGCCAAGUGCAAAUGGAUGCCAAGGCCAUCCAAGCGUCCGAUGAGCUCUUCCGAGUCGGUGGUGGUAUCCUCAGCCACGAAUCGUACCAAACCCUGACCGACAGCGCGGACCUACUGAAUGUGCAUGCCGAGGUGCUCUUCGCCUGGCGCGAAAGCAUUGUUACGCGUCUCGUGCGCCCAGUAAACCGCGACGUCAGCCUUGAGCGGGAAGACGACGACCAAUAUCAGGAAAAUCUGGACACGCAGGCUGAGGCCGAGGUGCUGCUCGAGAUGUAUCGCCCGCUCCUGUCAGAGCGCGAGAAGAUCCUCAAAGGCAAUGUCGCCGUUGGAGCUACCGACAAGCCGCGACUGUUUAAGGAAAUCGAAGCAGCCGUCCGCGUGGCCCGCUCGAAUAGCCUCAGAGGCAUUGUAGAUCCUGAUAUGGACGAAGAGCUUCUGCGCGUCCAGCAACAGCAGCUUGAGCAGUUCAAAAAGCUCGAACAGGAGCGCCAGUCUGUAUCACUCUCGGGGCUCUCGGUGUCCUUCUUGGAAGAAGCUGAGCGUCUCAGGAACGCGGGCGAGAGCAGUUUCAGUGUCGAAGAAACCACGCUCGCGAGACAAGCCUACGUCCACGCGCGGCGUAUCGUAAGCGAACAGAUGAAACACCUUGACAAGCUUCGAAACGAAGAAAAGACGCUGCUUACUUCGCUCUUCAACGCGCGCAGCCAGUACUUCAAGGAAAUUCAGGUGAUUUCGGACACGGUGCGCGAUCCGCUCUUUGUAGACCUCGAAAAGGCGAUACGAGCUACACAGAAGGAGGAAGCUGACCUUGUUUCGAAAGUGGACGAGCUCGAGCGGCGGCUGCGAUACCUGACUCACUUGCAAAAGGUGCAGUCGGCCGAUCAGCUGGACGAAGCGGCUAAGAUGUGCAACAUUUGCACCGAUCCGAUCGAGAUUGGCAUCCUGACCAACAAGUGUGGCCACGUUUGCUGCGAGAAUUGCUGGAAAGAGUGGCAGUCGCAGGGACACCGCACCUGCGUGCUCUGCCAGACGCGCGUCUUGCCCAACGAGGUACACCGUAUCGUCUACUCCAGUAACAAGGCCAAGACACUCGACGGGCAGGUGGGAUCCGCUGUCGAGAGUCGUGCAAGCUCCCAGUUGACGGCAAACGGCAGGAGCAAUGCCAACCCCUUGGCGGUGCAAUACAACGAGCUCGAUGAUUCGCUGCGGUCUACGCUGAACCGAUUAGCUUCGCAAGGCCGCUUCGGGUCCAAGAUUGAUCACGUCACCAAGCAUGUUCAGCACAUUAUCGAACGCACAGGCGAAAAGUCGCUCAUCUUUUCGUCGUUCGGACGAGGUCUGGAUGUGGUCGCUCAGUCGCUGACGGCCAACGGCAUCCGCCAUGUUCGCAUCACCGGAGCGGGCAAGCUGGGCAGCGAAGCGGCCAAAUGUUUUAGCAGCGAUCCCAGUGUCCACGUGAUGCUGCUCCACUCGGAAGCGCAGAGCUCCGGACUCAACCUGCUGGCUGCUUCGCACAUCCACAUCCUCGAACCGUUGCUCAACACCAGUCUGGAACUGCAGGCCAUCGGACGAGUGCAUCGUAUUGGGCAAACCAAAGAAACCAACAUCUGGUGCUACUAUGUUAAGGACACGGUUGAAGAGAGGAUCCUGGCUCUGUCGGCGUACAAGGGCCAGAGUCUGUACCUCAAAGGUCGCCACACGAGCAUGACCGAUAGCCAACGCACGCUCGAGGCUUCGGCAUCGGCAUCUUCGCCCGCUUCGGCGAUGUCGUCGACUGGUACGGCAGCAGAGAUUUCGAAAGAGGAUGCCAAGAAGUGGUCCGCGUUUGGCAAAAGCGAUACGACGGGAUCACGUGGAACGAUGCGCGGCGAUGCGACGAGCAACAGCACCGAGCUGCUCGCGUGUUACUUUGCUCGGUACUUGCCCAGGCUAGGACGAGUGCCGGUCAGCGACUCGCAGAGGCCAACCGCGAUCUCGACUGUCCGCAAUGGCACUGGCGUCGAUUCCAAAACGGGUGAGCAGACCGCUACGAAUGCCGAUAGAGACGAAAGCAGAGAGCAAAACGACGAGCUGGCCAGGCUGCGAAGGGCGAGACUGGCGGCACUGGAUAGGCGAUAG